AGCGGCAGCGGCGGGAGGGAGGCGCAGCCCGGCGGACCCAGCUCCGCUGCCCGUCGGCGCUCUCCCCGCGGAGGUUGGGGACCUGCUGCGGGGCGAUGGAAGAGCAUGGGUACCCCUCCUAUAGCGUCCGCAGCCCCGCCUGGGAGGAGCUGGAGUCCGGGAAGAUGGCCGGGGCCGAGUCGGGGAUGAGCGGCGCCGGGAUCCCGCUGCAGCCCCAGCCCCAACCCCCGGCGGCGGCGGCGGGGCCGGCGGACGAGUCGUCGGACAGCGAAGGGGAGCACGAGGGCCCCCAGAAACUCAUCCGGAAAGUGUCCACCUCGGGCCAGAUCCGUAGCAAGACAAGUAUAAAAGAAGGAUUACUACUGAAGCAAACCAGCUCUUUUCAGAGGUGGAAAAAGCGUUAUUUCAAACUUCGAGGUCGUACCCUUUACUAUGCUAAGGAUUCAAAGUCUCUAAUAUUUGAUGAAGUUGACCUGUCAGAUGCCAGUGUAGCUGAAUCAAGCACAAAAAAUGUCAACAACAGCUUCACGAUAAUCACUCCAUUUAGAAGGCUAAUAUUGUGUGCUGAGAACAGAAAAGAAAUGGAGGACUGGAUAAGCUCUCUGAAGUCAGUUCAGUCCAGAGAGCACUAUGAGACCGCACAGUUUAAUGUGGAACAUUUCUCAGGGAUGCAUAACUGGUACGCCUGCUCCCACGCCCGACCCACCUUCUGUAACGUGUGCAGAGAGAGCCUCUCUGGAGUCACUUCUCACGGCCUGUCUUGUGAAGUGUGUAAGUUUAAAGCACAUAAACGAUGUGCUGUCCGAGCAACAAAUAACUGCAAAUGGACUACAUUAGCCUCAAUUGGAAAAGACAUCAUUGAAGAUGAAGAUGGUAUAGCUAUGCCUCACCAGUGGUUAGAGGGAAACCUGCCUGUCAGUGCCAAAUGCGCAGUCUGUGACAAGACUUGUGGCAGUGUUCUACGCCUGCAGGAUUGGAAGUGCCUUUGGUGUAAAGCUAUGGUUCACACGGCCUGUAAAGAUCUGUACCCUCGUAAAUGUCCACUUGGCCAAUGUAAGGUAUCGAUCAUCCCUCCAACAGCACUAAACAGUAUAGACUCCGAUGGUUUCUGGAAAGCCACAUGCCCGCCAUCCUGUGCCAGUCCUCUUUUAGUUUUUGUUAACUCAAAGAGUGGAGACAAUCAGGGAGUAAAGUUUCUUCGUCGAUUCAAACAGUCGUUAAAUCCAGCUCAGGUCUUCGAUUUAAUGAAUGGAGGACCUCACUUAGGUUUGCGGUUAUUUCAGAAGUUUGACAACUUCAGGAUUCUUGUGUGUGGUGGCGAUGGAAGUGUGGGUUGGGUCUUGUCAGAAAUUGAUAAGCUCAGCUUGCACAAGCAGUGUCAGUUAGGAGUGUUACCCCUUGGUACUGGAAAUGACCUUGCUCGUGUCCUUGGCUGGGGAGGAUCCUGUGAUGAUGAUACGCAACUUCCGCAGAUUUUGGAAAAACUAGAGCGAGCCAGCACAAAAAUGUUAGACAGGUGGAGUAUAAUGUCAUAUGAACUGAAAUUACCAGCAAAGCCUUCUAUUCUUCCUGUGACUGCAGAAGAGUCAGAGGAGUGCCAGAUAUCCGCUUAUGAAGAUUCAGUUGCUGCUCAUCUUGCAAAAAUUCUCAAUUCUGAUCAGCAUUCAGUUGUCAUAUCAUCUGCCAAAAUAUUAUGUGAAACUGUAAAGGACUUUGUUGCCAAAAUAGGGAAGACUUACGAAAAACCGAUGGAAAAUGCAGAGGAAGCUGAUGCCAUGGCCAUUAAAUGCUCAGAGUUAAAUGAAAAGCUGGACCUAUUGCUCCAGGCUCUCCACACAGAAUCCCAGGCUGCUCCCAUUCUCCCAGGCAUUGCUCCCCCCAUUGUGGAAGAAGAGUCAGAGGAGUUCUCAAGUGAAGAAUCCUUGUCUGAAAGUAAAGAGCAAUUAGCAGAAUGUGUCUCAAAGUCUUCCCAGAAGCUCUUCAAACCAAGGGAACAAUUAAUGCUCCGAGCAAACAGCUUGAAGAAGGCUGUGAGGCAGAUCAUUGAACAAGCAGAAAAAGUUGUGGAUGAGCAGAAUGCUCAUAGUGAAGAACAAGUAAACCAGUCUCCAGUAGACUACAACAAAGAAUUGGAUGAAUCUAAAGAAGAGGAAAAAGAGGAAGAUACAAAGGAACUUGAGUCUCCAUCAACUAAAACUGCACCAAGAUCUCCUGAUAGACGUACAAGCCGAGGUAUCCAUUCUCAGACAGGUUCCUUCUCUGCUCCAGCUUUGGCAGCAAGCAAGGAAAACCUUCCAGUACUUAACACAAGGAUUAUCUGCCCAGGUUUAAGGGCUGGUCUAGCUGCUUCCAUUGCAGGAAGUUCAAUUAUUAGCAAAAUGUUGCUAGCAAACAUCGAUCCAUUUGGUGCUACGCCGUUUAUUGACCCGGAUCCAGAUUCCUUGGAGGGAUAUUCAGAAAAAUGUGUCAUGAACAACUACUUUGGAAUUGGGUUAGAUGCAAAAAUUUCACUAGAAUUUAAUAACAAGCGAGAAGAGCACCCUGAAAAAUGCAGAAGUCGGACGAAAAACAUGAUGUGGUAUGGAGUUCUUGGCACUAAAGAGCUAUUGCAGAGAACUUACAAGAACUUAGAACAAAAAGUUCAGCUUGAGUGUGACGGACAGUACAUCCCCCUUCCAAGCCUGCAAGGCAUAGCUGUGCUGAACAUUCCCAGCUAUGCUGGUGGGACUAAUUUCUGGGGUGGAACCAAAGAAGAUGAUAUAUUUGGAGCACCAUCAUUCGAUGAUAAAAUCUUAGAAGUUGUUGCUGUAUUUGGCAGCAUGCAGAUGGCAGUGUCCAGAGUCAUCAAACUACAGCACCACAGGAUAGCUCAGUGUCGGUCAGUAAAGAUCACCAUACUUGGUGAUGAAGGGGUUCCAGUGCAAGUUGAUGGAGAGGCAUGGAUCCAGCCCCCAGGAGUUAUUAAGAUCAUACAUAAAAACAGAGCUCAGAUGCUAACACGCGACAGAGCCUUUGAAAACACCCUGAAGUCUUGGGAGGACAAACAGAAGUAUGAUUCCUGCAAACCUGUCAUUAGAUCUCCCUUGUACCCUCAGCAAGCUGAGUUGGCUACAGAGGAAGAAGUUGCACAGAUCCAGUUGUGCUCACAAGCUGCAGAAGAACUUAUUACCAGGAUCUGUGAAGCAGCAAAAGUACACGGCCUCUUGGAGCAGGAGCUUGCUCAUGCUGUUAAUGCAUGCUCACAUGCAUUAAAUAAAGCCAACCCAAGGUUCCCUGAGAGUCUUACCAGAAACACUGCCAUGGAGAUAGCUGUCAACGUGAAGGCUCUACACAAUGAAACAGAAUCUCUACUAGUAGGAAGAGUUCCUUUGCAGUUAGAAGCUCCCCACGAAGAGCUGUUGUCUGAUGCUUUGCACAGUGUGGAAAUAGAGUUGAGAAAACUUGCUGAGAUUCCUUGGCUUUAUUACGUUUUUCAACCAAAUGAUGAUGAGGAUCCCCCUCUGGAUUAUGCUAAAAGAAACAAUAGAAGUACAGUGUUUCGUAUAGUGCCAAAGUUUAAAAAAGAAAAAAUUCAGAAGCAUAAGACCAGCCCUCAGCCUGUUCAAAAAUGGGGCACAGAUGAAGUUGCUGCUUGGCUGGAUCUGCUCAGUUUGGGAGAGUACAAAGAAAUCUUCAUCAGCCAUGACAUCCGAGGCUCUGAGCUUUUACAUCUGGAAAGGCGAGAUCUUAAGGACCUGGGGAUAACGAAAGUGGGUCAUAUGAAGCGAAUUCUCCAGGGAAUUAAAGAGCUCAGCAAGAACACCCCUUUGUCUGAAGUGUAAUUAUGCUGGUGCUUUUCUUAAAGAGAGAAGAGAAAGUUGCUGGAGAAGCAAAGCUGUUGCAGGCACUUGGCUGUCCUUGUAGUUUACUCUGUGGAAGAAUAAGCACUGGUGUUUGUACAGGCUAGUAUCUCUGAAUUCUUGUGUGGUGAAGAACUUGCAGCAAGAGUACGAAAGGAUUUGUGCCAAAACAAAAAGGAAAAGGUGAUACGAUCUUUGAAGAAGUUUUCUUGGUGUGCAACUCAGCCAGUUUGCAUAAGUCCAGUUUGGUAGAUUGAUUGGUUGAUGGUGAACUGCACUGACUGGAAAAUAUAAUCAAGAAACGAUUGCUUUGCUUACAUGCAGCUCAGUAUGCCUCUCUUUAUGCUGCAGCAAGAUGCCACUGUACAGCAUGAGGUCAUCUGGUUAUCCUUGCGAGGCGUAGCUCUGUGAAACCUCCUGUGCAGGAUGACCAGGAAGUUUGGAAGGUUCAACACAUGAGCCUGGCAGUGCCGCAGGUAUCCAGCACUCGCUGGCCAUGCAGAAGAGGGGAGAGAUACCUUGUGAUACCAUGAAUGCAAACUAUAAUGCAUGGUGUGCCUGCCUGAAUUGUCUGUUGUUCUGUUGCAUGACACAUCUGAUACUUUAAACACUUGAACAACUUUUUUAUUGGUUUGAAUGAGAUUUAAUUUAUUGCUACUUGAGGUUUUUUGUUUUGUUUUGUUUUUGUUUUUGUUUUUUUUUCCCUCCAGUUUCAGGCACUUUUCUAUUCUUCAGUGUUGUGUUAUGCCUAAAAUGUGUUCUAUGGCAAAGGGUGUGUGGAUGUGGAAACUUAGCAUUUGUGCCAUAUUCAGCAGAUUAUAUAUGAUUGAAACACUGUACAGUUAGAUUUUUAAAUAUAUCGUGUACAGAAGGUUUAUCAGGUAACUAACUUAUGAGAAUUUUUGAAAGACCGGUACCUCACAAAAACAUCAAUUGGCUUCCUGCAUGGAAAAUGAUAAAGAAUCUUCUCAUGGUGCAUUUUAAUGUAGUUAUUCAGUUAUCUUAAAAAUCUGUAGCAUAUUUGAACUUGUAGGCACUAAUGGUUUUAUUUAUUCUAUUAUUCAAAAGCAGGUUUCAAUAUUAAUGAAAUUUUCUUAAAGGAAAAUUUAAUUUUAUUUAUCAUACAUAAGAAGAUAUUUAAAAUGUAGCAGCUGAUUUGAUUUUUGUGGGGUAAACUUCUACUCGUUGCUAAUUAACUAUUAAUUUUAAAAUGCAUCUGUGUGCAUUUCUUUAAAAAGGUAUAAAUUUGUUUCUUGACAUCAUUCUGUCAUCAGUAGACCAUAAAAAUUAAAAAAACCUGGACUUUAAGAUUUUAGACUAUGCAUGCUAAGAUGAAUCACAUGCAAGACAGUAAUCCAUGAGUGUAAACAGGUUAAAAAAGUUAAAACCAUCUUUGUUUAGAAAUUGCUCUAGACCAGAGUAUGUAAGAUUAUUUACACUUUAAUGAAGCAGGUUCAUAAUUUAAUUUCCUAGUUAACUUUUCACAAAAGUAUUAAUCUAGUCAGAAAAUAAAUUUCAGAUAUCUACAAAAAAAUCCUACCUAAAUGUUUGAGAUGACUUUGCACCACCUGCCGGAAAACUUGCACAGAAUUUUUAUCUCCUUGCUGUUCCUAGCAAUGUACCAUUGCAGCACAAGGAACACUUGACUUUCACUUAAUCAAGUAGCUUUGAUGUUUCUUGCAUGUUAAAGAGUAUCUUAACAUCUAUUUAUGUUUUCCUCAUGGGCAGCAGAGUAAGGUUUCAUUUGGUUUGUACCAAAACUUAUUUUCUUGUAUAAAGGGGCCAAUGUCAAGUACCGCAUCCUGGUUUUGCCUUCCAUUUCAGGAGUUGUUCCAUUGGCAAUUAGAUGGGACUCAUCCCUUCGAAAUUAAAAUCUGUUAUCGUAAUUGUUUUAUUGGAGAAAAAAAAAGUAAAAAUAAACAAAAUAGGUUUAAUUAGUAUCUUACUGUAGUUCUUUGUGUUCUUGAUGCUGUAGGUUUAACAGGCACCACUCUGGGAGUUCUGUAGACGUAAUGACUAUUCUGGUAAACAAACAAAAGUAAAAGGCUAUUUUUCUAUUAAGUUUUGCAUAAAAAACAAACCAAAUUGCCUUUGCAAAUGAUAUGAUUUCCAGGCUGUAGUAUGAAAAGCAUAUGCAAAAAUGGAAAGUUAGGCAAACAAUGAGAAUUUUGUUGGUUUUGGUUUUAUUUUAAUGUACUUGACAUUCACCCCUUUAAUGAUGUUUAGGUGACAUCUGUCAAGUGUUUGUAAGCUUUGUUUUCUUUUCUCUAUGGUUCUCCAUAAGCUGCACUGUAUUUUAACAUGUGGCAGCAUUUUAGCAUAUUGGGGUUACAGUAGACCAUACAGCUAAUCUUCUGGUCUAUUCAAGGACAUAAUACAUAGCAGAACUUUCUUUGCUUUCCUGAUUUUAAGAUACAAUCUCUUUACAACUUUCAGCCUUGCUGUAUGUAAUGCAUUAAGAUGGGCUAUGGAACUGGAUCUCUUCAAGUCACUGUGGGGGUCUAUGCUGAGUAUAUUAAAAACUUAGGAGCUGCUUUUGGGCAGGGAAAAUGGGCAAAUGUUGUUUGUAACACAACUUUCUUAUGGCACUCCUCAAAUUACCUCAGUAUAGGACAACUGAUCAAUGAACAUUUUUCUAAAUGACCACCAAAGAACUUAGCUUUGAUUAUCCUAAGCAGUUUUUUUAAAUGUGUGAGUAGGAAAAAACAAAACUGUAAGUAUCAUUUAUGCUGUAUUUAUGAGAUGCCCAGGAGAGCAAAUUUUAUGCAACUCUAUGCCUUAGACUAGUGUUGGCUAUGAAGUGCAAAUGCAUCUGACAAGGAGGCUCAAAGUAUUUUUACAGGGGUUCUCCGUGGAGGUUGUGGGUUGUAACUGUGUUUAAGUGAUGUGACUUUUCUGAAGACCUGAACACAGUAUUACUCUCUCAUGAUUAUUCUAAGCAUUGAGAUUUUUUCUUUACUGCUGUAGAAGUCCCAGCUCCUAGAACUAAGUACAUAAAUACCUAUAUUUUUUUAGUGAACUAAUUUGAUCCUGCUGUAAAAAGUGCUUCAAAGCACACAUUCCAGUAUUUCAACAAAACCAAGGUAAACACAUCCCUAAAAGCAGUUAGCUUUUCAGAAAACAAGAUCCUGUGAAGCCUGAUUCAGCAUGCUAGAUUUAUCAAGACAAUCCCUAUACAAAGUUUACUGGAGUAAUUUUUUUUCCCCUCGGCCAAAUACUUGCAAUUUCUGUGGUUCAGUAUACAUAAAAGCCUAAAAGGAAUGUGGAGUAAUCUGCAUUUUUUUGUAGUGGCUGAUAUUCAUAUAGAUGAAAAGCUCUCAUCCUCAGAGAGAGCAACUCGAGAACUGCAUGUUUUGAAAUAGCAGCAGGUUGCUAAAUGUAUGUUGCUGUUUUGUUAUUUUCAAAUAGGAUUUUCUCAGUUCACUGUGUUUGAUUGCUGUAGCAGCCUCUGAUUUAGGUCAUGCAAAUUUUGCCUUUAUAAAGCUUCAUGCCUUCUUUUUAGAAACUGAAUGAAAUCAAGCCAACUCAUCAUGGUUGUAGGUAUUGGGGGUGUUUUGCAAUAAUUCAAAGAAAAAAGGGUUCAAAAAUAAUUUUUUUAUAAGAUGGCAAGUGAAAAUUUUCUUUGAUGCAUUUUUAUGUCUCUUCCCUUAACCACUAUUUGUUUCUCCUGAAUGUCUCUUUCUUUCAAAGAAAAAUGCUUGGAAGAACUGUAAAGUGUAAAGCAAAUGAUCAAAAACCCUCCGAGACUAUUUCAUCCCAGUAUUUCUUGUUUUGGGACUGGAAUUAACAUGCUUGGUCCUGUAAAUAAUAAAUAGAAAUCAUCUUUCUCUCGCUAUCUCUGCCCAAAGUAAUUAAUACUGCAAUGCUGCACCACUGUAAUUCAAAGUAGAGAUCUUGAUUUUUUUCUUCACAAAUGUCCAUUUUAUAUUUUCCUAUGCUUUUUGUAGUGAAAUAGAUAACCUGCCAAUUUUUUCUUUCUAAUUGAGCUCACUCAUGCUAUUAAUGAAAAUUUCCUUAAGCCUUGAUAAUGAACGUUACUUCAAGGGUAAAAUUAUCAGUGCUUUUCAAUGCAUCUGGUCUUCAUUUCAGGAAGACUGGCAGGAGACCUUUUUCACAUGUAAUGGAAAAUUAAUAUAUAAAGCAAAUAUGAGAGGAUGUUCCAUAGUCCUACUUUGAUAAUAGUUGUAAUAAUGCAAGACAAAACCCCCCAUGGUGAUUCCAUUUUGCUUGAUGCUUCCUGUUAAUGAUUGCAUUAAUAGUGUUUACAGCUGCUUCUGCAGUGCUCUCUCUGUGUCCCUAAAUAUUGAGUUCUUGCCUAUGAAUUCGACAGUCCUGGUAAUUAAUAAUUAGCAGUGCAAAAAGUCUUUGUGAAAGGUAAAGUCACAAGGAAUGUACCUUAUUGAGGGUAAUUGAGCUGGAGCAAUUUGUUUAGCUUACAACCAGGAAAUCAUCUUGUCACUUGUAUGAGUAAGUAAAGAGCCACAGAAAAUAAAAGUAAAUAAGUAAUUUUAAAUUUAUUUUUUCACCCCAAUAACUUAAGUACUUCUCAACUGCAACAUCCUGUAUACAUUUAUAACAUAGACUGUCCUGUAUUUUUGAUUCUGUUUUCGUGGAUUGUAUGUUUUCUGCUGUGAUUUUCGUAUCAUCAGGAUCUGAUGCUGCUUAUUCUAACUGCGAAGAUUUAAUGUUUCUAUACUAUUCUUAAGGAAUAAGUUUUUGAUGACUUCGGGAAGCUGAGGAGUUUGGACAGGAUUUAAACUUUGGACAGGACUUAAAAUAUCUCUUCUUCUUCAGAGAUAGAUCAGCAGAAUUGAUAAAGCAUCAUUUGGUAAUUAUCAAUAUAAAAUCUUUACUGGUUGUAUAAAUUCCUGUAUUUAUAUCUAGAGUAUAGUGUGGAAUGGAUCUUUUUUACAAAAAGAAAAAAAUAAUUUCUAGUUGUUUUCUACUACUGUUGCAUUAGGUUUCAUAGCUCUGUUAAGUGUUAGCUUAUGUACUUGAAAUGUUUGUUUCUGCCACACAGAAGCCCAGUCUUUUUCUCAGAAAUUAUAAUCCAUUUGGAAGCCAUUUAGAGACCUUGAGAAGACUAUUUCUGUAGCCAGUUGGAGCUAAUACCAAAAUUCAUAGCAACUUCUGUAGGCUUAACAGUGAUCACCCUCAACAUUUUCACUGAAAAAAAAAAUUUUGAAAGGUUUGUGGGUUUUUCAGCGCAUAGAAUUAAUCUUAAAACAUCAUCUCCUUGACAUGUAAAUUUAAAAAUAUUAGCAUUGUUAACACUUUUGCAAAGAAGAAAAAUGCUGAUGAAUACAUACCCAAGAGGAUUCCUGGACAAAUUUUAAUCAAUUUAGCUGUAGUGAAUAAAGACCUAUCACCUUCAGAACAGUCAACAGAAAAUUCAUAUGUGCACAUGGUAGAAUUUCAAACAUCUGUUUUAAAUAAUUAAAGACUUGUUUCCCAGUUGCCAAAAACUUGAUAAGCUCUCUGAUGGGAUUUUGAGUUUAUAUAGCCUAUUGCUUGUAUUAGUGGGGCAGAAGAAGCUGGUGCCUCAUUUAUGUUUAACACCAGUCAUGCCUUUAUUAAUGUUUUUACAUUGCUUCCCAACUCCUGUAUCUGGAUGACUUCCUAGCAUCUGGCAAGAUGAGACUUGCAUGUCUCUCCAUGCGUGGGCAGGCCAGGAAAAAGUUGUAGAAUGCUUGAGGACAGCAAUAUAGACCAAGGCUUCAGGCUCCAAAGCUAACAUAGCCAUGGUGGACUAGAAUCCUUUAAGUUAUAUUUUUGCAAUCCCUGCUGGAAGCUCUGUCUAACAAUUAACAUGAGCUACCAGAAUUGCCCUUGGAAAGAGAAGUGUUUUGGCCAACUCUACCAACUGUGGAACAAAAUACUGAACAUUAUAGUAGCCAUGACUAGGACAAGUAUCCAAGUGGCCAAUGAAUAUUUUAUUCUGUGGAACAAAUACUUUGAUGAAAUAUAGUUUGUAAUAUUAUUCAAAGACUAGUGUUAGGAAAGAAAAGCAACUGAAUAUAAAAGCAAUGUGGUACAAAAUUUAAAGUAAUUUGCAGCUAUCUUUUUCCAAGUACAUUGGAAACAUUUUAGGGAGCUGUGUUUGAUCCAGGUGUAGCUAGACAAGAGCAUGUGAACUGGAAGGUGAAAACAGGAAGAAAUUAAUUAAAAGUAAAAUUGUUUGUUUUCAUUAUAGAAACUGUGUGUAAAACCAAAAAUAAAAUCUCCACAGUAUCCCAAAUCCCUUCUAUGACUUUUUAAAGGGAAUUAAAAUUUUAAGUCCCAGUUUUUUAAACUAAAUCAUUAAUUGGAUAAAAACAGUGACAUUGCCAUUAACCGGGAAAGAGUUAGAGACAUAACUAUGUUUUUCUCCUGGUGUUAGUUGAAGUAAGCUCUGUUUGGGACUAGUUCUCUUUGCAGUCACAGACAAUUAUUUUGUGAAUUAGGAGAUUGUGGAAAGCCAUUUGAAGCGGCUUGGUCAUGCUUUUCAGGGAUGGGAAGAGCACAUGUGCUGAAAAGUAGGGUCAGGAGGCUUUUAAUGAGAAUUUCAAGGAUAAUAAGAUGUUCUAGAUGGAUAGUUUAGGAAGGUUUACAUGGAGCACACAGGCAUACAGAUACUCACUGUGAAGGUUCCUAGUAGCACUGUCCUCUCGCAAGAUGCCAUGGCUAUACAUUGAAACAGGCAUUUGGACUGUGUCCUUAGCCACAUUCCAGAGGAUUUUCUACAGGCAUCUGUCACUUGUUGUGUGCUUACUUUCUGUCUUGGUUUUCUGUCUCCUUAAAUCAGGUACCUUGAAAAAUGGGGUUGUCCAUAUACGAUAAAAAUUACCAUUUUCCCCACUCAAGGAGCACAGCAUGUGAACCUGUCCUGAAAUAAUUUGUUUCAUUAGCCACCUUUUUACAUCAUAUCCUUUGCAUCCUAAACCAGCUGAAACUAUGGCACCUCCCUAGAGCUGCCAGUUAUGUUAGGAAUUUUAUAUGCUUGUAUGUUGAUGGGAUCAUCAAAGGGCAAGGUGAUAUUCACAGUGGCAGAUGAGACAUGCAAUAGAUGGGCUUUGUACAUAAAGAGUACAAACUGUUGAGGUGCUCCUGAAAGGUGAAGGGGGCCUCUGCACCUUCCCUCUGGCUCUUCUUUGUUGCUGUCAUCACACACAGAUAAUUUAAUGUCAUAUAAUAUUAGCAGCUUCUUGUCUUAAUUCGUGGUGACAGGAAACCUAUCAGUCACUAUUAACGAAACUUUGCACUGUGACAUCUGUCUCUCUAGAGCAGGUAUCCUCAAAUGUUGAGUGCUGUGGAAUUCCAUUAAUGUAUUUUUAAUGUAUGUUCUGACAUUUUAAAAAGGUAAAUUUCAUCUUAAAGGUAUUUAGAUAUCUAAAUCUAAAGAUUCUGAGAGGAUCCCAGCCCAGCAUGGUGGUUUCUGUCAUUAGCCAAGCUUGUAGCUUACACUGGUAUUCCAGUCAAGUACAACUGUUAGUUAAUUCUGUAGUAACAUCCACCUACAUGCAUGAGUGGAUGCAUGAAAUACACAUGAAAGCGUUGCAGAGAUGUGACACUGUCCAGCUCUCUGCAUGACUCAUCUUUGGGUCUAAAUGGCAGGUUUUAGCAAAGAGCUGGAACACAUAAUUUCCACUCAAUCCAAACUUACAUUCAAUUGAAAAUGAAAACAUCUAAGAUGGUUUGUAUGGGUUUAGGUUAAAAACUUGUGUGUACUCAGUAGUUUCUGCCCUUUGUUUCCCCUUCUUCCUGUGUUCAUUCCACAAGAAAGUCCAUCAUUUUUGCAAUCAUGUAGAUCUUUUGGGACUUAGGAAUAUGCUGUGCUGCUUCAAACAGCACUUUAGGCCCCUUGGAGAUUGUUCUUGUAUUUUACUUAUAGCAUUUACAUGUGAGCCUACAGAUGAUUUUCUGGGAAAGAAAUUGCUCCUCACAUAAAAACGAUCCUCAAAUUGAUCAUGGGUAGGGUUUUACAUGCCAUACCUAUGAAUGUCAUUUUCUUGCCAGUAUUUGUGUGGAUGUGUGUAGUACCUAGUUCAUAGUGUGUAUGUGAAAGCACACCUGUACAUAGAGAUGUAUAUACAUACCCUGGUUGUGCCCGAUAUAAUGAUGCCAACUUGUGUGUAGAGCCAAAAAAACUCAAAACUAUACAAUGCUUGAGAUGCUGCAUUGUUUUUAUUAUAGUAUUUUUUAUAUCAGAGGAAUUGCAGGAUGUUUACAGAUGCUUAUUAAUAUUUAACUUAUACAAUGGGGUGGCAGGAUGUUUAUGAUUGUUGUCAGCUAAAGAAUUGUAUAUGAUUCUGGGUGAUAUUUUGGCUUUUUUGAAAUCCUUGGCAAAACUCCCAUUGAUCUCACUGGGGCCAAGAUUAAACUCCUCUGAAUCUAUUGUUUACUGGCUAUUUUCCUACUGUGAUAAUUUUUUAAAUGAGUGAAAUCUAUUUAUUUUGUCCCAAUGUGAAAUCUGCAGUUUCUAUUUGGAUUUUUCUACAGAACCUGCAAACUACAACACAGGUGGGAAUAUAUGCCUCAGAGAAUGUACAGAAUUUUUCAUUGAUCUGGUCCUUGAAUACACCUAAGAAAAUACCUUCUAAAAUAAGUUUUGUAAGAUUUAAUACAAAAUCAUCUAAAAAGAAAUCACCUUUCAUGCCUCUCUCCACAAAGAGGGAAUGCAAUGUGGCAGGUGAAUGUGAAUAAUUAUUCAUUGGAAAAUAAAAAGUAGUCCUGUCUGUUUUCUGUACAUACUGGUCUCAUGCAGCUCACCUGUCUCUGCAGAUCUGGUAUGAGACACUUGGAGUACCUUAUCCAAAUGUACCUUAUUGGGGAAAAAUGUUACAUAGCAAGUAUGUGGCUUUAAACUUCUCAUGAAGACAUGGAGGUAUCUUCAAAGCCAGUGUAUUGAAUGAUUUUUAAUAUUCCAUGCAUCAAUUAAAAUGAUGAAAAUAUUAAGUGGUAAGGCAAGUCAGACAACUGCUUGAUAUUAGAGAAAUCACUUGUCUAGAGGCAGAAGCAUCAGUUCUUUAAUAGCACAAGGGAGGAAAAAUACCAUAAUGCAGCGCUUCCUAAAUCCCUUUCCAGGGUAACUUCUAAUUAUGUAUGCUCAAAGUGUAUUCUUCCUGUAAAAAAACCAUAUGGCUGUGAAACAGCUAAAUAGAUGCAUCCUAAUUUCUUCAUUUAAGGCUAAAAUACCAUUUUCAAAACAAGAACUGUCAUGCACUUUGAAAUACAUGUGUUUAUAUAAGUUUAUAUUUAUCAUAGAUAAUCAUCCCAGGGAUAGGAGGACGUGUAAAAUAAGGUAGUUAUGUCAAGGUUAUCAAAAGCUGAAGAAAUAACAAAGCAGACACCUUCCUUCAUGAGGCUCUUUCUGAAGACAUCUGUGCAAAUGCCCACCACUGCUGGGAAUCUUUUUCUAUAAUUUCAUUUAAGAAAGGGUCAUAUUCAGAUUCCUAUCCUUCCCUUGCUAAUAAGGCAGGAAGUAUGCACCUUGGUAGAACUUUCUAGGAAUUUGUAGGCUGUAGAAACAGACUCAAAGAAUAGACAUAGAAUAGAGGCAAUCAGUAGGCUUGUGAAGGGUACACAGGGCUGUGUCUGGGCUCGUUAGUCUGCUGAUGUGGAUCUGAUCACAGAUUAGUGGGGGAAAAGCUCCUCUGGUGCUCCUGCUUCACUUGGUGGCAAGGCUCCGUGGCUGUUGGUGGGGGCAGAUGGGCUCCCAAGCGAACAGACACCUUUCCUUUUGCAUGUUGGUUGGCUUUCUGCAAUUCUAAUCAGGACUGGAGUUCAGGACACACCUUUAUUUGUCUGCAAGGCCAUGUGAUAUCUGAGGAAAUGAGGAGGAAGUGGCUGAAGGUCUAGAUUCUGCCUUUGGUUUCCUGCCAGUGGAGCUGGUGCAAGACUAGGGGCAGCGUAGUUAACCUUUGAGUGCCUCACUUUCUCCGCCCAAGGGAGUAGGGAUGCUCACCACCCCUGUACAGCCCCCUUGAGUCCUGUAGGAGAGCAGUGUUACAUAAACCUCUGAGUUUUACCCACACUAUUAUAUGUAGUAAAAAUAAAUUACUUCUGUCCAUAACACUGCAAGAAUUGCUUUUCCUAAUUCCAGUUCUCUUUGAUGACCUACUAUGUCCUGGGUAGUCAGUUUUGAAGCUUAGCAAUUGCUCUAAUACUUAGAAUUACACACAUAGCAGGCUCUGUUUGCUGCAGGAAAGAGUAAAACUUUUAAACUGCCUGACAAAACUUGCCAAUGAAGUAUAUCUAACAGAGCAGGGGUGUAACUUUUGGCUUUAUUUACUUGUAAUAAUGGUAAGGAACAGUGAAUUUUGUUUGUUUACAUACUGUUUACAAUGGCACAGUUUUAUUUUUAAUAUAUAAAAACAAUUGAGGUAUUUAUUGCAUAUACUAUUUUAAAGAUGUUUUAUGUGUUUUCACCUUUGGAAUAUAUUGUUACAUUUCCUUGUACAGAUAAUUUGGGUGGCUUUGUUAAUAUAGUUAGUAAUUUUUAUGACUACUAAGUGACCAGUUUUCCGUGCCUUUUUAUUGUUGGAUGCAUGAUUACAUAUUUAUUAUUGUAUGGAAGUCACUGAGAUGUGUAUUUUUGUAUUCUGCUGGAAGCAAUGGUUGAUUUUAUUGUACAUGAUAAGAGAUGCCUUCCAUAACAGGCACUCGUAUGAGAUCUUCCUUCUCAAAUAAACAGAAUGCAUUCAAUGUA